GCCACCAGCACCUGGCUUAUGCUAGGGUCUCAGAAUGAGAUUUGCAACCUGUCUGCCAUUUGAUACUGUCCAAAACACAUCCACAUCUGUCCCCCACCCUAUAUCUGUUCUUUCAAUUCCUUUCUAGUCAUGCUUCAAAUGAUGAGACGGUGGUGGUGGUAGGGUCCAAAUAGUUUCUCAGAGGUGCCUUUUGAGAGAAUGAGGUCCUCCAAGACCCCAGCCCGACUGUAAUGACGGCUAUUCCUCCUUCCAAUGAUGCAACACUAUUCCUCUCUAGUUAUUCCUGGCUUUGCUCUUGGGGGAGGGGGCUGUGACAAAGCUGUGUCACAAGAUGUCUCAGAUCUGAGAAUGAAGUCACCUAUGUGCUGAACAGUUUUCUGAAGGAAGUGAAGUCACCUUUUGGUGGCCAGCUUCCAUUCUCACCCCUCUGCCUUUUCUUCAAAAAAAAAAAGUUUAUUUUAUUUUUUUGGUGAGGUGCUGCUGGGUUAUUUAUUUAGCCCCAUUCAGUUUUGAUAGAAAAGGUGAUCACUAGAGUCCUGUGUUGGGAGGGAGGGGGAGGGGAGAGGUCACAGCUAUGGCUCCCAGCACAGGGCCUGAUGUAAAGCAAGGUCAAAUAAAUACUUGCGGAAUGCAUGACUUGGUGGCUGUCAGAGUCUGUGCAAUCAGUAAUCAGAGGGCUGGAGAUCCUUAGAGAGUCCGGGCUAUAGUAGUACUCCUUCUGCCUGGCUGGCUCUCUCUCAUGACCUCUCCAACCACCCCCGCCUCCCCUUCCAUUUGACUAGAAUGUGUAAUUCAGGCCUUUCAGCCCAGAGUAGAACUUUGACCCUCUAGAAGCCUGGCGAGAUCACUUUAGGAAAAUUGUAGCCCCCAGCUCUGAUUCUGGGAGGCCUUAAUCAGCUUGGGAUUGUCUAACCUGUUUUGAAUAGCCAGAGGGAAGGGCCUAAAAGCUGAGUUGGCUUCCAAGGCAACUUUGAAGCUCAGCUUGCCCUCCAGGCUUAUCCUCGUUUUCUGAUCCCCUGCGGGCUCAAGAGACCUGCCCAAGCCCCUGCUCCGGACUACAUCUCCCAGCGUGCCUAGCAGAGUGGUAUCCUCAGUGUGCCGUCUGCACCAGCUGCUGGUGGACAAUGCUGCGGGCUGUGAGCCUUGUGUCCCCUCUUGGCUUUCGACUUUCGACUCUCCCCUCAGUCCGAGGUCGCCCACUGAGUUGUGCACAGGAUGUACUCCGCAGGACUCCUCUCUAUGACUUCCACCUGGCCCAUGGUGGGAAAAUGGUGGCAUUUGCCGGUUGGAGUCUGCCUGUGCAGUACCAGGAAAGUCACAUUGAGUCACACCUGCAUACACGCCGGCACUGCUCACUCUUCGAUGUGUCCCACAUGCUACAGACCGAGAUACUUGGUCGUGACCGGGUGAAGCUCAUGGAGAGUCUAGUGGUGGGUGAUAUUGCAGAGCUAAAGCCAAACCAGGGGACACUGUCAUUGUUUACCAAUGAGACUGGAGGCAUCUUAGAUGACUUGAUCGUGACCAAUACUUCUGAGGGGUAUCUCUAUGUGGUAUCGAACGCUGGCUGCUGGGACAAGGAUUUGGCCCUCAUGCAGGACAAGGUCAAGGAGCUUCAGAACAAGGGCAGUGAUGUGGGCCUGCAGGUGGUGGACAAUGCUCUACUAGCCCUGCAAGGCCCCACUGCUGCUCAGGUGCUACAGGCUGGUGUAUCAGAUGACCUAAGGAAACUGCCCUUCAUGACCAGUGCAGUGAUGGAGGUGUUUGGCGUGUCUGGCUGUCGUGUGACCCGCUGUGGCUACACAGGAGAAGAUGGUGUAGAGAUCUCAGUGCCAGCCACUGAGGCCGUCCACCUCGCAACAGCUCUAUUGAAAAACCCGGAGGUAAAGCUAGCAGGGUUGGCAGCUCGGGACAGCCUGAGACUGGAGGCAGGUCUCUGCUUGUAUGGGAAUGACAUUGAUGAACACACUACACCUGUGGAAGGCAGCCUCAGUUGGACACUGGGCAAGCGCCGCCGGUCUGCUAUGGAUUUCCCAGGGGCCAAGGUCAUUGUACCCCAACUGAAGGGCGAGCUGCAGAAGAGGCGUGUGGGGUUGACAUGUGAGGGGGCCCCAGUGCGGGCACACAGUCCCAUCCUGAGCACCGAUGGCACUGUGAUUGGUACCGUGACAAGUGGCUGUCCCUCACCCUGCCUCAAGAAGAACGUGGCGAUGGGUUAUGUGCCUUCCAAGUUCAGCCGGCCAGGGACACAGCUGCUGGUAGAGGUUCGGCGGAAGCAGCAGAUGGCCAUUGUCAGCAAAAUGCCCUUUGUGCCCACCAACUACUAUACCCUCAAGUGAGGAUGAGUCAGGGGAGGAGCUCUCCCUUCCAGGAUUCUUGUUCUGGAGGGAAUCAUACAAGACUUAAGUAAGGACAACAAGGCAGAAAUUGAUGGGGAUGGGCAAGUGAGUGGUUUGCUCUAGUUGGAUGGAAAGAGCUAUCUAUACACGUCUCCUCCCCCUCCUUCCCCUCCCUCCU